AUGGCGGACUUUCUACGAACCUGGCUUUCUAUCGGUCUGGUGGGCCUCGUGUUUUAUGUAGUGCUUCCUGCGAGGGCUGUUCUUAUUACGCUGCCACUGCAACUCAACACGACGUUUUACGACUAUGUAAUCGUAGGCGGUGGAACUGCGGGGCUUACCCUUGCAAGUCGUCUGACAGAGAACGCCUCAACAACUGUGAUAGUUCUCGAGGCAGGCAUCAGCGAUCAACAUUUCCCAAAUCUCCAGAUACCGUUUAUCGCACCUACCUUAUCUCCAAAGACCCAGGUCGACUGGAACACUACAACAACAGCUCAACCAGGCCUAAACAACAGGGAGAUUCCCUAUAUCAGAGGCCAUGUGCUUGGAGGUUCGAGUAGCAUCAAUUAUUUAUUCCAUCAGUAUUGUUCGUCUGAUGAUUGGGACAGACUUUCUUCCAUCUCGGGUGAUAUAAACUGGGAAUGGACCAGAAUGGCUAAAUAUCACGAAAACCUGGUUGCAUCAGCCGACUUUCAUAACACCAUUGGCCAAUUUGAUGGUUCUGACCAUUCAAAAACAGGGCAGGUACCCAUUAGCCUUCCGGGAAGCAAUCAAUCGAUAGACACUCGUGUUCUGGCCACGACUCAGCAACUCGCUGAAUUCCCAUUUAACCUAGACACUGGCGGUGGGGACCACAGUCUCCUCGGAGUAGGUUUCCUGAUAUCCAGCGCUGGAAAUGGGACGCGCAGUAGCUCCUCGACAACGUAUUUGAAUUCCAGUGUAAUAAACAGGCCGAAUUUAGUUGUGUUGGUCAACGUCACGGCGACGAUGCUAUUCCAAUCUGGAAAUUCGACCAAUGGAUUACCAUCUUUCCGAAGCUUACACUAUACAGCUACUCCGCCCCCUGGCAAUCUUACACUUGGCACCAUACAAAGAGUAACAGCGACGAAGGAAAUUAUUCUUUCAGCUGGAGCAAUCGGGACACCUCAGCUGUUAAUGCUCUCGGGGAUUGGGGAUAGCGCAGCGUUGGCCCGAUUACAAAUAAAUACUACGAUCAACAAUCCUUCCGUUGGCGCCAACCUCAGCGACCAUAUGCUAAUCCCAAACGUCUUUGCAGUAAAUGGAACUGGGACGCUCGAUGAUCUUCUUAGAAAUGCUACCACCCAAGCAUCCACAUUAAAUCAAUGGAAGACGACCAAAAAAGGCUCCUUUGCAAACAGCGUUUCCAAUACUUAUGGCUUUACCCGAUUCCCAGCGAACUCCAGCAUUUUCAACACAACCCCUGAUCCUUCUGCUGGUCCAAAUACUCCGCACUGGGAAAUUAUAUUGAGUAAUUUCUUCUUUCAGCCAGGUACUGCUAUGCCUUCGACCGGAAACUUUUUAACGGUGGUCACGGUUCCCAGUACCCCAACCUCAAGAGGAUCUGUCACUCUCCGAAGCAACAAUCCAUACGACCAACCAAUAGUUGAUCCCCAAUAUUUGACCACUGCCUUCGAUAUGUCUGCUGCGGUGGAGUCCGUCAAAGGAGCUCUCCGGUUCAUCUCUGCUCCUGCAUGGUCUGGCUACGUCGUCGGCAAUUUCAGCAACGUACUGAAAACUGCGACUAGUGAUGCACUUAUAGAACAAUACAUCCGUGGUAUCGCUGGAAGCGCGUUUCAUGGAGUCGGCACGGCUGCCAUGUCAAGUUCGAACGCAACGACGGGCGUGGUCAAUUCUGACUUGACCCUCAAGGGCGUUGACGGUGUUCGUAUUGUGGAUUCUUCUGUGUUUCCGUUUAUCCCGAGUUGCCACACUCAAGGACCCGUAUAUCUCUUGGCAGAGAGAGCAGCUGACAUUAUUAAAGCGGCAAAUAACUAG